AUGUCGUAUUCAAAGCCCCCCCCACUGCUUUUGUUCAGCAAUCCUUGGAUCGGUCAAAACCAAGGCGCCAGCACCAUUCUCAAGAACAUCACGUCGCUUUCCAGUGACAUAGCUUACUCGGAAACUAUCAAAGAUAACAUCACCACGUUAUCGACCAACUAUGCGCCCAGUGAUGGGACCAUCCAGGGCUUGCUCUAUGUUCCAGACAUAGACCCCGACGAUGAGUGCUCCAAGAGAGCAAAUGCGUAUAUCCCUUACAACGCGACGAGGCAAUCAAAUCUGCCACCAACUUCCUACAAUCUUGUGGCUUUGGCUCCAUGGAUCGAUGCCAACUGUACAAAAGCCCUGUUAGCUUCGACGCGAGCCGACCAGUUGAGAGCUUUCCUCUUUUACCUACCAAAUGGCGAUACUUCGCAACCGCCGGCAUCAGAUGAUGCGACUUGGGACCUGGACGACGACGAUAGCAACUCCUGGAUGUCCAAGUACAAGUACCCAAUCUACGUCAUUCCUGGUGCCAGCGGGCAAGAAAUGAUGCACGAACUCAGCCUGUAUUCUGGAAAUUUGACCCAAGUACCAUAUGGUGCCAACAUAUCAGAGUUGUACCAUCCAAAUUCAGCCGAUUAUGUUCGAAUCUGGACACAGCUGCACGUGGAAUUUGACUCGGCUACACUACCCAUGUGGCAAUGGGUACUUAUCAUUAUUGGACUUUUAGUCUUCAUCACGGGAGGAACGUCGCUCUUGAUGCACUGCAUACAAAAUCGUCGUCGAGCAGUGUUGCGGCGUCGUGUCAUGCGGGGUGAUAUCGACCUGGAAGGUCUGGGUAUCAAGCGUGUCACGGUGCCUCCUGAACACAUUCUCGAUUUUCCGCUUUUCACAUACAACUAUGAUCCGCCGGCAACAUCCGUCGACAGAUCAGGCUCACCAUCGCAUAAGGACCACAAGGAUGUGCCUGUAGUCUUUGAAAACAGUAUACCGGCUACUGGAACAGCUAUACCACCCCCCGAAUAUCAGCCUUCAUGCCACAUCUGCCUGGACUACUACGAGUCCAAGGUUACCAUCAUCCGCGAGCUCCCGUGCGGGCACAUCUUCCAUCCCGAAUGUAUAGACGAGUUUCUUGGUGAAGUCAGUUCACUUUGCCCCAUUUGCAAAAAAUCCAUGUUGCCAAAGGGGUACGCACCCCCUAUUACGAAUGGCAUGGUGAGACGAGAACGGGCAACACGACGCUUGAGGCCUAGGAUUAUUACGAGCGCAAACUCCAAAAAAUCUCACCCUAGAUUAGACUCGUGGGGCAGCACGGUAAAGAAGCACAUUCGCAGCCUGCCAUCCUCACCAACACAACCUGAGCCAGUCGAUAUCGAGCUGGCGGAGAGAUCCAAAGACCCUGCCACGACGCGUCAACGCAUGCAAGAUCUUGCCGGUCAUUUAGAUGACAACAGCGACGAUGGCAAGCCUCCAUGGAGGAAAGCGGUCGCCAAGGUCUUUCCAUUGUCUUGA